UCCCACUCCUUAGUUUAUCUCUUUCAUAUUCUCACAUCAAUAAUAUUUAGCCCUGAUAAUAUUAGAUCCUUGUUCAGUAUUCACCCCAAACAAAAAUAAAAUAAAAUAAAAUAAACACCAACCGAAGAGGUGAUUGUUCCCAAUCCGUUUCUGUUCCUGUCUUCCAAAAACACCACCAAGUGAGUGCAGGAUACGAUGAAUAUUAUGUCUACCCACCAGUGUAGUUGGCCCUUGAGAAUUCAGGAUCAUUCUGAUAAAGGUAGUAUUAAUAAGGUUCCGUUUUCCAGAGGAUUGGACUUCCUUAAUGUUGGAUACCAUGCUCAAAAAUAUGGCCAUAGUGCCAGAAAAUGUAGGCCCAUUUUUUCCAGUUCAGUGAGCAACAGUAUGGACCCUUCUGAUUCAGAUGACAUUGAUAACAACAAACCUCAGAAUGGUGAAAUGGGAGGACUGAAUAGUGAAAUGCUUAGAGAGAGUCUCGAGAAAAUAGUUGGUAAAGAUGAUUCGACGUUUAGUGGAUUUGAUCUUGCUACUCUUAUUAGGAACAAAUAUGGGAGGUCUUAUGAUGUUCAAUUGAUAAAGAAGGAAUUCAUGGGCAGAAAUCUCCUUGCAAUGAAUGUCAUGUGGAAGUACAUGGAGCAGAGAUCCUUCCCAUUGACCGAAGAAGAGUACAUUUUGAGACUUGAUGAUGUUGCAAACACCUUAAAAUGUUGGGGAGCUGUCUCACAUAUUCGUAACAGCCUAGAAAAGUCGAAGGAGCGACCUCGGAUAGGGAAGGCAGUAAGCAUUUUUAUAGAUAUGGAUGAGUCAGGAGCACGUGCCAACGAGUGGAUCUACAAAUAGAAUGCAUGGCUGAGUUGAAGUUAAGUCAAUGGAUUCCAGAUUACAGUGAGUGAAGAAUCCGUAGCCAGCAGGACCGCCACAUUUUGUGAAAUUCAUCAGUUUGGAAUUUAUUACACUUGGAUCUUAAUUAACAACAUCUGCAGAAGCUUUUCUAACGUUUCUGUUGGCAACUUGGCAUCAUGCCAAGGCAACUAUAUUUUUGAUUCUUCCCUUCUUUUUUCCUUUGUUCAUACUUCAUAUUGAUGUAAAAUGAGUUAAUAUAUGAAAAGCAUCCAUAUUAAAUUUCUA